CUCAGCUCAAACGUCAUCUCCUUCCUUCUUCAGGCCCCUUCAAUCCUCCCAGCAGCCAGGAGCUACGCAGCCCUACCCGUAACCCCAGAAGAACGUACAAACAAAUACACGUGCUCCUGUCUCCCCUGUUCGAAAGGAAACUUCUUCCCCAGGGCCUGACACAUAGUCGGCGACAAAUAAAUGUCCAAUGAGAGAUCUGCAACAGGUGAGAAGUGAAGAAAGUGAGGAGCAGCGGCGCCAAGAAAACUGUGAAAGAGUCCGAGGGGAAAACGGACAGGCUGGAGGCAAAGCUGGAAAAGACAGUGGGAAGGCCAAGGCUAAGGCAGUGUCUCGCUCACAAAGAGCUGGACUACAGUUCCCAGUGGGCCGUAUCCAUAGACACUUAAAGACUCGUACCACAAGCCAUGGACGAGUGGGUGCUACUGCUGCAGUAUAUAGUGCUGCAAUUCUGGAGUAUCUCACUGCUGAGGUGCUGGAACUAGCAGGAAAUGCGUCUAAAGAUCUCAAAGUAAAGCGUAUCACUCCUCGCCACUUACAGCUUGCAAUCCGUGGUGAUGAAGAGUUGGACUCCCUUAUCAAGGCUACCAUUGCUGGUGGCGGUGUGAUCCCUCACAUCCACAAGUCUCUGAUUGGAAAGAAGGGACAGCAGAAAACUGCAUAGAGUGUUGUUUUAAAUCAACCCUCUUCCUCCCUCUCAUUGUACUGUAACUGGGACAGAAGAAAUAAUGGGGAUAUGUGGAAUUUUUUAAAAUAGUUAAAUGGAAAAGCAUAGACAAUUGACUGUAGACAUGAUAAAACAUUUGUAUGUUCUUUAGAUUCCAAUUUUGACAAAAGUAUCUUGUCAUGUGGCAGCAAUUUGUGUGUUGAUUGGCUAGGUUUCUUCCCAUGUGUUUUAUACAAAAAUGGACUGAUAAAACCAUUUUUUACAAAAUUG